AUGUCCACUGGAAUCAAAUGCUUUCAGGAUGAAAGAGAAUUAGGAGACUCAUUUUAUCAGCUUUUCCCUGUAGUGAAAACCAGGGAUUCAUGCCAACCAGAGCGUGCAGCUGAACACUCAUGUUCAAAUAGGGAUUUGCAUGAUGAUACCACUUCCUCUACAGGGCAGGAAACAGAUCAGGCUGAGACAGACACUGGCAAAAGCACAAAAAUGUUUGUUCCUAUUGAGACAAGUCUUCUUUCUUGCAUAUUUGGGUUAUUGGUCAAAUCAAGCUUGUUUGGUAUAGUGUCUCCGCGUUCUAUGUACACAUUAUAUAUAACAAUACAUGCAAGAGUUGCUGUGUGGACCUGAUCAGUUGAACUUUCACACUUUCUUAAUAAUACAUGCCAUCGUCCUUCUAACUAACCAUAAGCCCCCUCAGUGACCAUGCCUGCUAGACUUAGCCUAUAAUUAGAGUAGUUCUGCUGUGGAUAUAGCAUGGCAUUUGUAAAUGGCUUCAUGAGCAACUGGCACAAGGGAAAUACUGAACCACCAAUAAUUAGUGAUGGUACAGUGACAUCAUCAAUGGUUUUCCCCAUCUUUGGAAUGUAACCUUCUUGGAUUCUUGUCCAUAGAUUUGUAGACUUAAAUAUUAUAAAGUUAUAAUCUUCUUUGUAAGGCUCAAGCCCACCUGGGGGUACUUCAUCAGAAUGUGGCAGCCAUCUAUGGCUUCCCAAUAACACAGAAACUGCCAAAACUCUUCCAUAUCAAGUGUUUUGUUUGUAAAAUCUGCCUCAGACUCUGACAUGUGCUGCGAUACAGUUUUGUUCCACAACAGUCAACCUGUGAAACCUCUUGCACUAUAG